CCCUAAUCGCUCUUCUAACAGCAGGAUGACCUUGGUAGCGGCGGCACUAGUUGCUAACCUUUGGACAGCAUCGGAAAACCGCGGCACCGAUAUCGUCCCGAUAAGCGGCCACGUGACCCGAUUAGUCAGCGCCCACAUGCCUCUCGCUUCGAAUCCCUCCAUCCCUCCCUCUCCGCACUUGGACCGAGCUCACAUGGCGCCAGGAAUCCAGGGCGAAGAGGAGGAGUAGGAGGAUGAGGAGGAGGAAGAGGAGGAGUAAACCAAACUGGAUUUGAUUUCCGACUCGUCAUACAACACAACAGACCUUACCUACCUCACUGAGGAUACCAUGAGCUGACGGGCAUUGUUGCUACCUCUCCUCCCUCCUUCGUCGCCCACCCGGCCAUGAUCAGCACCUUGGGCUUCUCGAUGCGUUGCUCAGAUGCUGCGCCCAUGCUGUGCCCUUCACUCCAGACUCACAGCCGACGACCAUGCACAGCGCUACAGCUUCAUCCCAGACACCAGCUAUGCUGCCGCUGGACUCAACCUCCGACGAGCUCGGUCCCGGCCUUUCCUCUCUUCCGUCUCCAUCAUCAAAGCCAGCCCUGAUAUCGCUGCCCGAGUUGCCCGAGGACGUCUUCCUCUUAGUCUUGGCAGACCUCUCCGCAUGGGACGUCGUGUCCUGCCAGCGCGUCUCAAAAGCAUGGCGCACCGCAUUCUCUAGAGACGAAUACAUCAGAUUCGUGCUGCAGUCCUACCCGCGCGCCAGGGAAGUCCGGUCCCUUCCCCCCGGCACACUCCAUCUGCACUCUCCCUGCCACCCACAAAGCUCGUUGGACUGGAAAGGCAUCCUGGCCGCCGUGGCCUUGCGCUACCACCACCUGGCCCAUGGCACUGCCAGAGUCGUCGACAGAUAUCCCAUGGCGCCGGUUGAACAAUUAGGCGACUGGUUCCCUGUCGGCCAGUGGGACUACCACGAAAGCCAGCCAGGAGGGCGUCUGUACUACGAGACCGCGGCCAGCCACCUGAGUCGCAUUGGCACCAAGCCUUACCUGUUCAGACCGACUCUGUGGUCCUACGACGACGGUCUCAUGGUGUAUGCGCCCGCCGAGUGCAACGAGGAUGGCUACUUCCCGCAGAUCCUGGCCCUGUUGGACGUCGAGACGGGCCAGAAGUAUCCGAUCCCAUUCGACAUUCGAGGCAAGAUCAUCCGCAAUCUCCGGCUCAAGGACCGAACCUUGAUUGUGGAAUGGGCCGAGAAAGACCCUUUCCACAACCUCAACGCCAUGGAACAAGUCAACCGGCAUUUUGCCAAUUGUUUCGACGUCCGACGGCCUGCUGGAGAAGACACGUCCUGGGAGGUGACCUGGCGGUCGGAGUGGAAGAUGCAUUUCCUCGGCCUGCCGCCCAACUACCACGACCGCUUCUUCUCGACCCACAAUGCCACCCAUUACGCCGUGUAUUUCUGGCAGCCCAACCGGAGCAUGUACACGGGCGACGAGGAGCUGCCCAUCGAGUCGCUCUCGGUCUGGGACAUUUCUGGCCCCUCGCCGUAUCGGCCCUCCACGGACCCGUCUGGGAAAUUCCGCCCCGCCGGGAAAGCCGGCCCAUGUAUUGUGUCGAGGUUCUCUUUCAUGCAGAUGGAUCUCUUCGGCAUCCGCCAGCGCGCCAGCGUCGCCCUGAUGUCGCUGCACCUGGACUCGGAGACCCUGUCCCUCACGGUGCGCGAGAACGUCGGCGUGGCCGGCCAGGGCUACUUUGACCCGGCCGAGCGGCUGUGGUGCGCCAAGACGACCACGUUCCCCUUCCUCGGCGAAGGGCCCAGGCUGUUCCGGGAAUGGGACGGCAACCUGCCCCCGUACCGCGGCCACUGCAGCAUGGAGACGGCCGACGUGGAAGAAAGCGAGCCGUGGUUCCUGCCCGUCAUGGACGUGGUCGACGCCGCCGCCGGCGUCAGACUGAGCCUGGUCGAGACGUGCUUCUCGGGCCACAGCGUGGAGAACAGGCUGGUCGUGCGUCUGAAGGUCGAAGCCGACGACAACAGGGACUUUGCCACCCUCGACGAAGCUGCCCUCGGCUGGGCCACCCUCGACGACGACUUGACCAAGGAAGUCUCCUUCAUGGGCCGCAUCGCGGGCGACGAGCGGUGGCUGAUAGGCCAGAACGAGCGGAUGGAGAUGGUGGUCCUGAAGUUUUGAGACGCAAAGCUGAUGUUUGUCUUUUGUCUCCCUCUCUCCUGUACAUACCGUUUCCCUCAGCUGCCCAUGCCCUUUUGCGUGUUUGUCUGUCUGUCGGGCCGUUUGCUUCCGAACGUAUAUAUACAUACACAUACAUGAGAAUCAUCAAUAGAUGCGUUGUGUGGGAUAGUGGAGUGUUGUAGAUUACUUGCUGUUCAGCCGAGAGCGGUUUGACUCUCCCUCUCCCUCUCACUCUCGAGACUCUGCUGCAGAACCAAGAACCAAGAACCAAGACCCA